GAUCUGGUGCGCUCCUUGAGCGCUUGAGCUUCAACGUUUGAACAGUUAUGGAGUCGUUACUCGAGUCUCCUUCAUUCAAGACGAUCUCUUCAGCAAUAAAGUCCACAAAUCACCCGGAUGGAAGUUAUGUUCUUGCACUAACAUCGCUGGGAAAUAACUAUGUUUCAUCUGCUUCUUCUCCCUCAAAUGCAAUUCAUCUUUUUGACAAGUCAUCUUUGCAAUGCGUCCAGACCCUCAAAGGUCAUGAAAGCGCCACUACGGCCUUGCGAACGGUUAGAGGCAUUGGUGGAUCAGAUCGACAUAUGCUUCUAUCUGCGGGUAAGGAUGGCUGCGUGAUUGCCUGGGAUGAACGUUCUGGUGAUUCGAGCAUAACAAUGACAACAUCUGGCAGAUCUCGCACCCUUUUGUCUUGUGAUGCUUCUCAUAAUGGCUUGACGGUUGCUGCGGGGACAGAUCUACAGAAGGAGGAUGCGUUCAUACUCUACUGGGACCCUCGAAAACCAGCUGUGCCACUCCGUGUUCACGGCUCGACACACUCAGACGACAUUACUGCACUGCACUUUCUAAAAAAUAGUCCAUCUCCAACGUCUAGACAGAUCCUGCUAUCAGCUUCCACCGAUGGUCUGGUUAGCACAUCAAAUUCUGCGGAAGACGAUGAAGAUGAAGCGGUUCUGAACGUCGGGAGCUGGGGUUGUAGCAUAUCCCAAGCAGGAUGGAUCCGCGGCUCGUCGACUAAUCGUGUCUGGGCUGCCAGCGAUAUGGAAACAUUCAGCUGCUGGUCAAAUGAGCUUGACAUGUUGCAGAACUGUGACAUUCGCAACCCGUCCGUUCAUAGCCAUGGGCGAACUUGGGUUACCGACUAUCUUAUAACGUGUCAAAAUACAAAACGAUCUGACAGUAACCUCGCUGUAUUUGUUGGUUCGAAUGAGGGAGACGUGGCCCUCCUCUCAAGCUCGGAUGUAACAGACUCAUCUGCGCCAUGGACAAUAAAUUCGGUAUGGGCUAGUGGGCACACUGGGGUGGUCCGUUCAGUCUUCUGGGAUGAAAAUCAUGAAAUUCUCGUCACAGGUGGCGAGGAUUCAAAGAUAAGCGCAUGGCGUUGCCCUAUACCCGGACGUUCUUCGGAGUCUGCGGGAGAUGAAAGUACAAUGGAUAUGGAUUCCGCUAUUCUGAAAAGAGAACGGGAUGACGACAUGGAUGUCAGCGAGAGCGAGCCAGAGGGUAAAAAAGUAAAGUGGUAAUUGGUAAUGAGUAGUGGCGGAAGUUCCGGGGACCUCAUUAUCGCUGAAGCGGUGCUAAUCAACGGCACCCUGCGCCUGCUACUCGUAUCUACCCCCUCGAAAAUUUAUCAGAACGUUUGCAAAGUCCUCGCCUAACUUAAAAGACCUGAGAUAAUUG